CUAUGCUCUACGUGGAGAUCUUUGAUGUGUGGGGAAUAGAUUUCAUGGGACCUUUUCCUAAUUCCCAUGGAAAUCUAUACAUUCUAUUGGCGGUAGAUUACGUAUUUAAAUGGGUGGAAGCAAAAGCCACAAAGACCGAUGAUGCCAAAGCGGUGACUGAAUUCCUCAAAACCCGCAUCUUCUCAAGGUUUGGGGUACCACGCAUCUUGAUAAGCGACGGAGGCACUCACUUCUACAACAAAACUGUGAGUACCUUGUUAAAAAAAUAUGGCGUCACACAUAAAAUCUCCACCGCCUACCACCCACAGACAAACGGUCAAGCUGAGGUAUCAAACAGAGAGCUGAAAUCUAUUCUUCAAAAGACAGUAAAUCCAAACCGUAAGGAUUGGAGCCUGCGCAUGGAUGAUGCCUUAUGGGCAUACAGGACCGCUUUCAAAACCCCAAUUGGAAUGUCACCCUAUAGACUCAUGUUCGGUAAGGCCUGUCAUCUUCCGGUCGAACUCGAACACAAGUCUUAUUGGGCGGUCAAAACAUUCAAUCUCGACAUGGCUAAAGCGGGAGAGCAAAGGAAGCUACAACUCCAAGAACUAGAAGAGCUUCGAUUGGAGUCCUAUGAGAAUGCCGCCAUCUACAAGGAAAAGAUGAAGGUAUGGCAUGACAAGAUGAUAAUAAGAAAGGAUUUCCAAGUUGGAGACAAAGUCCUUCUUUUUCUCUCACGCCUUCGCCUUUUCCCCGGAAAAUUGAGAUCACGAUGGGAAGGACCAUUCGAGGUGGUCAAAGUCUACACCCAUGGCGCAGUGGAAAUAAAAAGCCUCGACACCGGAAAAAUCCUCAAGGUUAAUGGACAUCAACUCAAACCAUUCCUUGAAGGUUUCCAGAAAGAAAACAUUGAAUGCAUGGAUCUCAUCGAUCCAAUCUUUGAAGAAUGAACACAACAAUGGCGUCGUGCCGCGACGUUAACUAAGGCGCUUCUUGGGAGGCAACCCAAGCAAGGUACAUUUUUCUUUUAUUGUUAACCCCCCUGUCAAUGUUUUCAAUUAUGUUUUUGAGAGGUUGAGAGAGAGGGCACUAAUCAGGUUUGUGGAGGAAAAGAGAUAAAAAUGCAGGUUUUGGAACAUCUGGGGACAUACCCGAUCGAGUACCACCUUAUACUCGAUCGGGUAUGACCAAAAAGAAAAGGGACCGGGCAUUACUCGAUCGAGGAAGCACUCAAAAAAUUGAAAAACAAGGAAUACCCGAUCGGGUAUCACUAUACACCCGGUCGGGUAUGUAUAGAAAUGCUAAAAUUGAAGGAGACUGACUCCCACACUCGACCGAGUACCUGCUUCAAAAGUAGAAAAAAGCACAUACCCGAUCGAGUAUGGAGGAAUACUCGACCGGGUACAGGAGGCAGGCUGCUCACAAAGUUCACUUUCCAGACAUACUCGACCGGGUAACAACACACUACCCGAUCGAGUACAUGAGGCAGGCCACUCAAAAACUAAACUUUCCAGCAAUACUCGACCGGGUAACGGUACAUACCCGAUCGAGUACGGGAGACAGAUUGCUCAAAAGGCCACUUUCCAGACAUACCCGACCGAGUAACAGCAAAUACUCGAUCGGGUAUACGGGUAUUAUAACCCCAAACCAGCCCCAAACACUUCAUCUUCCCCAAAAUCCCCAACCCCAAUUCGAAAAAAAUACCCCCAACCUCCAUUUUUACACCUUCUCUCUACCAUAUCUCCCCCAUUUCUUCACCAAAUCAUCCCAUUUCAACACCAAAACACUCCCCUCAUCCUCCUCUACACACUCAUACUCACCAAUCCCAUUCUCCCCCAAAUUUCAGAGGUCCGAAAAACCCUACCCCCCACCUUCAAAUUUCGGAUUUCAAGGCCAAAUUCACUCCAAAAUGGCUCCAAGGAAAGAGAAAGGACAAAGCUGAAGCACUAGGGCAUCCAUCCCGGGCUACGAGGACAUCCUCUUCAUGGACAACGAACAUCGCACCCGCUUCGUGUCCACAAUUGAAAGGCAAGUUAACCUUCUCGCUUUUUAUGUCAUGAUGCCCUAAAGGAAUUAGGAGUGUACAAAAUGAUGAAGAAAUUUUUUCAUGAGUUGAGCACGGACAGAAUUUUCAAAAUGCAAUAUCACUCAAAUGAAAAAAUUAUCUAUGAAUUCCUAAGCUCUGUGCACUUUGAGAACAAUGAAGAGGAUUUUAGGGAUGAUAAACUCAGGUUUCGAUUGUUUAACCACAACCACACCAUCACGAAACUUGAGUUCGCCGAACACUUUGGUAUUCCGGUCCCGUACCAAAAAUCUAUAUCCGACAAUACCGCCUUCGGCCAUACCCUAUGGACAAAGAUGACCGGGGAGACUAAAUUUAGCUCCUCCCAACUCUAUAUUAGUCAUGUCCAACAUCCCGUCCUCCGCCUAUUUUUGAAAUUCCUCGCCAACUCCUUACUUGGACGUCCCAACAACCAUGACACUAGGAUGGGGGAUGUGUGUGUAACAAUUGAGAUUAAUUUAAAAGGAUUAAUAGUACUACUCAUACCAACAGAGAUAUUGGUAAUUUAAAGGCUCGUGGUGGUUUGUGGGGACAGUACUAGAGGUCUGGAGUAACUCCCUCGGGUCCUGCGAGGCCGGGGUGUUACAAGUGGUAUCAAAGCAACCCUGCGACAGUGUGCUGAUCCGUUGGAUAUCAGGCGGGCACUUAGCGGGGGAAAAGAUUCUGGGAUAUGAUUGAGAUUGGUUUAUGGGUGCAACGAGGACGUUGCGUUCCUAAGUGGGGGUGAUUGUAACAAUUGAGAUUAAUUUAAAAGGAUUAAUAGUAUUACUCAUACCAACAGAGGUGCAUCUCCUUUUAAGGGAGCUCAUCACCCAAGAACUCCAAAGUUAAGCGUGCUUGCACGGGAGUAGUCUUGGGAUGGGUGACCCCCUGGGAAGUUUCUCAGGGCGCGCACGAGUGAGGACAAAGUGCGCGGAAAAGGCUAGUGGCGGUUUGUGAGGACAGUACUAGAGGUCUGGAGUAACUACCUCGAGUCUGUGUGGGGCCCCGGGGUGUUACAGUGUGCCUGAUAUCGGUAGCCCUAUUCCGUAUCCACGUAGAUUUCAACCUAUGUAAUCUUAUGUGGGCACAUCUAAAAAAAGAAAGUGUGGCAAAGGGUGCUAUUGUAGUGGGCGGGGUGAUUAUGCACUUGGCCACAAAGUUCGGGUAUACGGAUAACUCUCCUAUACCUGACUACUGUUUGAUGAACAUUGCUUGGCUGGGCCACUCGGGCUGUACAUCUUUUUCACACACCGUUUAUGGUGAAGAAGGGCCCAGAAAUAUGUACAACUGGCACAUCCACCCCAAACCCUUCAAAUACUUCCUCCUUCCCAACCCAGAACUCCCCCAACUCCACUGCAAAACAGGAAGAGUGGAGCAACAUUACCUCUUCCCACACGCCCUUCCACCACAUCUCCAGGAACCAGAACAAGAACCUCCCCAACACCAACCCGAUUACGAGCCCUAUGCUCAACUCCAUAGCCAUCACAACAUGAGCCAGGACAUCCCAGAACAGAGCCAAAAUCCUCCACCACCCGACUUCUUUCAACAACUUCUGGAGGGUCAACAACAACUGCUUACGGGAAUAGCCCAAAUGGACAACCGGCUCACCCGAUUAGAGGAGGAGCAAAGAGCCGGUUAUCAGCGGCUAGAGGAUGAGCAAAGAGCCGGCUUUCAACGAUUGGAGGAGCUCAGGGAGGCCGAUAGACAUCGGUAUGAGGAAGACCAACAUAGGUUCUACGGACCUAUGUACUCUUAUAUGGCACAGCAGGGAUCCUUCCAUACCAUGGCGAACCCCCCUCCACCACCCUCGUGGUAUGACCCCACUCAUUGGGGUAACUUUGGAGGAUCUGGCUCCGGGGGUGGAGGACUGAUGGCGGAGAUGGCGGGGACACCUACAUGGGAGAUGGUGGCCAAGGGAGCGGCUUCAGAGGGAGCUACUACGGAGGAGAAGGCGGGCACUAGGGACAGUGCUUGAUUCAAGUGCGGGGGAGACACUCAUGAUGGCACUCAUUGUAUCCUUGUGAAGAAUAAGAAGAUUCAUGAUAAAGAAGAAGAGAGGAGGAGAAAAGAAGAUAACACUAGGAGGCCAUUAAACCCAAGAUGCUCUUUUGUAAUUUGAGUUUAAAACUCAUUUUUCUUUGUCAUCCUCGGUGGUCUUUGUGUUUGUAUUAUGUUUUUGUUGAACUGUGGAACUUUUGGACAAACAUUGACACUUGUAAACAUUUGAUCUUACUCGAGACGAGUAAAGGUUUAAGUGUGGGGGAGUUGAUACGUUCGUAAUUUCCAUAUUUAUGUUUAUGUUUUUAAUUAGUUUUGCUUGACUUUUACUUUGGA